AUGAAACUGAGAACGAAUCAAGAAGAGAAUCAUGAGGUUGUGGAUGCAGUGAGACGUGAAAAUAAGUCACUGGCCAGUGAAAUCAAGGAUCUGACGGAUCAAUUGGGUGAAGGAGGUCGAUCGUCGCACGAAAUGAGCAAGAUCAUACGUCGUUUAGAAGUGGAGAAGGAUGAAUUCCAAAGGGCAUUGGAUGAAGCAGAAGGUUUGUUAAUUUGA